AUGCAUCCUCCAUAUUUUAAUUAUCUUCCCCCCGAUUCUCCCUCCUCCUCCCCUCCUCCACCUGACGAUGAAGCUCCCGGUGACAAGCCCCAUCUUAAUACUCCUGUUGGGUCUGUUGUUCUGGGGGCAACGCAACAGAGCUUCUCCUUUCCCGAGCAAUACACCGAUGAGCUUUAUCUUCUAACCAACUCCCCAGGAGUGCCUAGUAGUGACACCCAAAGUCCUUCAUCUGGAGUCUAUAGCGGUAAUUCUCAGAAUUCUUCUCCGGCAGGUCCACUCUAUAGCCCUCAAAGCAGCAGCUGGCAAUCUUUGCCGGUUUCUACGCCUUAUACGCAGAAUUUGAUGAACCAAGGAGGACUGAUGCAGUCAAACUACGGCCGCUCUUCGAUCUACUCUUCUGCUAGCCCCGCAUAUCCUCGAAGUUCGCAGUCUCCAGCAGACGGCCUUCCACCCCCAUUCGAAAGUGGUUCACAAGCCUUUUCUCUUCCUGUUCCGGGAGGCGGGCUUAGCCACUCGAAUUCAUAUUCCCAGCCUUCACAUCAGCAUCCUCUGCAGAACCCGAUGAUGAGCAGCCACUCGCAGGGACCCCACCCCUCCACUCCCUCAACGACAGCAGCCUCAGACAGUUACGCGCGGCCGCAACCAGGUUCUAGCUACUACUCGGCACCAUCUUCGUCAACAGCUCAUCAAUCCUCUUACUCCUCCUUUGCGUCUACUCACACCUCCCAGCCGCAGACGUCCCCGACAACGGCAGGGGCUUUACCAAGAAGCGUUACAGCGCACCAUUCUCCUAUGCAAGCGCCACACUAUCCAGGACAAUACACGUAUUCAGGAGGCCCCGUGUUGACGAAUAUGGCGAACCCCGGCGGUCGUAUGCACAUUGUAGGCCCCAUGUUGUCGGGCCACCACCAAUACCACCCACAGGGGCAAAUAAUGGGGGCGCAUCAUAUGUAUUCUAACCAGGCGGCUCAACAGCAAGAUCGCCCCUUCAAGUGCGACAUAUGCCCCCAACAAUUCAAUCGGAACCACGAUUUGAAAAGACAUAAAAGGAUACAUCUUGCAAUCAAACCGUUUCCCUGCACUUUUUGCGAUAAAAGCUUCUCGAGGAAAGACGCCCUGAAGCGACACAGGCUCGUCAAAGGUUGUGGGGCUGGACAGGACGAGUCCGGUAAUGUCGUCGAUACUAAAAUAGAAGAUCAAAACGACGGUUCGGGUUCUGCGGUGAUCAAGGACGAACCGUCAUGA